AUGAAAAAUAGAACUCGAAUUGUAGUCCCAACGCGACCGUGUCAAGCCGGCAUGUUUGAAAAGUUUGAAGAGGAUCCUUACGAUGUGGAAUUGCAUGGCAUCAUGACCAACGACGAAUUCACUGCGGCCAUUCAAGCCCUCAACAAUCUCAUUAAAAAGGCCCGACCAGGAAAAGUAGACGGGGCUUUGUUAGCAGCUGGGCCCCUUAUGGUUCCCUUGAUGGUUUGGGGAGUCCGACAUAGCAGCCAAAUGAAGAAACGAAAGAAACAUCUCCAAGUUGGAAUUGCCGAAUUCAAUGCAAACAAUCCCACUCUCUACAUGCGAUGGAAUCGCAAACCAAAGUCCAUUUUAACUAUUGAACGACGGGAAGGACAGGAUCCAACAGCCAUGGCAGAGGCGCAGUUUGUGGGCGACAUGGUGAUUCAAGCCAUGCCACCACACCACAACAAUCAAGUAGCACCGAAUGCACAACCAUACAUGACGGCACCUCAAUCGCAACAUGCACCGCCUGCUCAGGCACCUAUGCCUUCUAGUCAUGUGGCACCCAACGCACCUCAACAAUAUACAAUGGCACCACCACCUGCAAUGCCGCCCACCCAAGCUCAGUUUCCUCCUGCUAGUCAUGCAACAGCAGCAGAAUCUUCCUCAGGUCUUGUCUAA